CCUGUGUAUGGCCAACUUCCCAGCGCUGGAGAGGGAACUGCGGGCCAAGGCUACUGACGCACAGCUGCUGUUCAGCUCUUCUGCGUCUCUGCUUCUUCAGUGUGCCAGCACCAGUGAAAACAUGAUCAACACACUGAUUCCAAUGCUCAAAGCUGCAGUUGAAAAGAAUAAGCCCCUGGUAGCUGUGAAGUACUUGGAGAAAGCAAAGAGAUGGAUUGAGGGCCUCAUCAAUGAUGUUCUGGAUACUGUGGAAAGUUACUCGGCUCUGAACAGAAAUGUUGGAAACACUGCCAGUGAUGUUAUUUCGACGAAGGUCGAAACGGAGAAGAAAAAAAAAACUCUAUCCAAGGAAGCUGAGGGAAUGCAGAAAAUGGUGGAUGAGUACAGCAAAAGGCUGAAUGAUGUCAAAGCAGAGCUUCAGAAGAAGGAGGAUGAAAUUAAUGCUGGAAAUGCUGAAUUGCAGAGCCUUGUCAACAGUAUUGCUGAGAGGAACCGGAAGUUUGGCAUUGCAGCUGCAGUGGUACCUUUUAUUGGUGCCAUCAUUAAUGCAGCACAGAAAGCCGUCAAUGAUCCUGGUGACAAGGCUGCUCUUGAAUCCUAUAAGAUCAAGCUGAAUCAACUGAACAAGGACAAGCGUCUUCUUGUUCAAAAGGAGUGGAAGUUGGAGGCAGAGCUGAUAAACACAGAGAUGACACUUUCCAGAGCAACUAUGGAUUUAGAUUCAAUUCCUAGCCCGACUCACCUGGCUGAAGUCCAGAAGUAUCUGACCAAAAUUCAGAAAAUCCUGCUUAGCCUGAAAGAAUUCUGGGACGGAGUACACGUGAUGCUGGAUUCCCUCAGUAAGAAAACCUUUGCUGGAGAGGAUAUGAUUGAAUAUCUGGACAUUCUCAAGAGUGACUUUUUGGCCUCCCUGGAAAUGGCUCAAAAGUACUGGGCAAGCUUUGGUGCCAUUUGCCUGAAAGUAAAAGGCACAUUUAGUGUUGAGUCCAAAGACGCCUACAAAUUCCUGGAGGUCAACCCUUCCUCUCUGUCAAAGGAAGAGUGGCAGAAGCAGUAUGACUCUGUGCAACAGCAGCUGGAGGAAUUCUAUGGAUCUGGACCUGCAGCCAUUGAAGAAAACUCAGAGGUUCCAGCCGUUGAGGAGGCCGAAUAA